UUUUGUUUCUACAAUUCAGACUGCGAUUUCGAUAACUCUACUUUAUGCGAUUGGGAAAAUGACAAAACAGGGAUAGUACAGAUCAAUUGGAUUGUACAGUCAGGGGCCACGCCAAGCCAAUGGACUGGACCUCAGUCUGACGUGUCAGGUAACUGUUACAAAUAGCGCAACUUUAAAUGCAAGAAUUACAUAUCUUGAAAUUUCCAGACUUAGCUGAUGGAGUGUUGCACUCAUCGCUGUUUAGCUUUAAUUCUUUAAUAAGUAAGUGCCACAGGUUUAUAAUGGUACCAAGCGGUUAGGUUUAAGAUUUGCAAGCAUGCGAUCUUCCAUUUUAUACAUUAUUUUAAAGAUUAAAAGCUUUGUACGUGAUCAACUCGCAGAGGCAAUUUCGUUAAUGUUAAUUUCUCCAUAGGCCACGGAAGGUAUGCGUACGUGGAGGCCAGUGGUCGUAAUCAUGGUGACAGGGCUAGACUUAUAAGCCCCAAAAUGCAAGGUCCAAAGUGUUUGUCAGUUUGGUACCACAUGUAUGGUAGUUCAAUGGGGAGCCUCAUCAUUUACCUGAAAACAAAUGACAGUGAGAUGAUACAAUGGAUUAAAUCAGGAAAUCACCCAGACCAAUGGCUGCAGGCAGCUGUAUUCGUUAAUUCGUCUGUUGAAUAUCAGGUGACUUAUUCCUCAUUCCCUCAAGGUUUAUUUUAAUAAAAUUGUAUCCAACGCUUUUGACUUCUUCACCUGAGAACUCUAACCUAGUGAAUCCCUUUAUGAAUCUUUUUUUUGCAUUGCUGUUCUAAUGUUCAAAAUUGUCCUUGAGUCUUCCUAUUAUCUUUAAAACAAAGAAUCGAAAUAGUAAAAAGAUACGUGUUACAAUGACCUUGAUGGUAAAAUGGCUUCCUUUUGAAAUGUAUAUACAUGUACGAGCAUGAAAAAAAAAUGUCAGUAAUAUGUACUUUUGAUUCAUCAACGCAAAGUGAUUAAGAUGUACUUUACCUUUCAGAUAGUGGUUGAGGCUAUCAGAGGCUGGUAUUUUGCAAGCGAUAUCGCUAUCGAUAAUAUCAUUUUGUCAAAUGGAAAAUGCCAAAAUUUAGGCAAGUGAAACUGUUGAAAAUUCCAAUUAUAUUCUUUGAAGAAGACAAGGUAAUGUCACGUGUCGUUGCUGUAUAAACACUAGCAACCCGAUAGCCAACCAGUUGUAUUUUUAUAAAUUCCACUUUCUAGAUAAUUGAUUUACUGCGAGAUAUUUAUCAAACUGAAAUAUAACUCUAUGAUCGCUCCAUUUUUAAUGUCAGCUCAGAGAACUUCGUCUAAUUCUAGAAUGCCUCCUUUCAAUUGAAUGCGUGAAUUAAAUACACCUUUUCUAAACCUAUAAAUUCCUCUGGUUUUUAAAUUGGUACUUAAGUUACUCCUGCCCUACGGUGAUACAUUGAAAUUGCGCUGAUGAGAUUAAUUUUCACGUAAUUAAUUUUCUCCUAUUUGUCUGAUUUAGUCACACAAAACUUGCAUGCGUACAUUAAGAGAGAUUCUGCGAAGACUGUGGCUUUCAAGCUUGACAGAGUUCCUUGUCAUAGUGGCUGGAUUCAUCAGUUCACGAUGGAAGCUCAACAGACCAGGAACACCUCUGCUGACAUAAUGUAUUUUAUUUACCCGGUGGACUCAGCUCAUUGUAGAAAUGGUAUAUCUCGAAAUAUUUCAUUGAAUGAUCUCGGAUGUCUCCCUUUUGACUUCUUUUAUUCUUCAAGCGCUCACCUAGAAGGUUACCGCAAAGUUCUGCUUAUUAAUCGAGGCCAGGAUUCACCUCUUGGGGUUACACUAGCUGACUAUCAACCUUGUUGCGAUCAGACGAUUCAAGAAUGGUUUUUCGCGAAUAUUUCAUUACGCGGUGAGUCAAUUUCCAGGGGCGAUUGAUUGGGAAAUAAACGUUUGCUGGAAGAGAUAAUAAAAAUUGAAUAUUGGACGAUGCGAGGCCAACUGCCGUAGGAAGAAAUAUAAUCUACUUUGAGUAAUGUCCAGCUAUGUUUAGUAGCUAUACAGAGUUUUAGUGUUAAAAAGUGCAACCGUGACAUUCUUGCUGCAGAAUGGCCAAAACAAAUCUUUUAAACCCAGAAUGCAAUCGCAUACCACGUAGGAUUUAUCAUUAUGAGGUAGGCACGAUGAUUAAUUAGAGCUACUUUAAAUUUUUCAGAACAAAGCUCCUGUCUUCCUGGGUGGCGCAGAUUAAAUUCCAAUUCCUGUCUCCAAGUGCACUUGACUCUACCGAAGACUUGGGAUAACGCCAAAUUAGACUGUUACAACAGAGGAGGGCACCUUGUUGUCCUAAAGGAUACCAAAAUUGCUCAAAAAAUAUCUGAAGUCCUUGAUGAAUAUCUAAAUGAAUGGGAAACCUAUAAUGUAGGAGCCCACGCUGUCAGUGACAGCCAAUGGAUAACAGUUAGAAACAAGAUUUUUCCUUUCGAUAAAUUCCAAUCAUUAUGGGGUCCUUACGAACCAUCUGGAGACGGAUGGUGUGGUAAUAUGAUAAACGGCGAAAAAUGGAAUGAUGCUUGGAAAGGAAAAGGCUGGCGAAUUAAUGAUGUAAAUUGCUUUUCAAGACAAGGAUAUAUCUGUGAAAAGAAAACCUCAAUUUCCGGUGAGGAUAAAGUCUUUUUAAAACAAACCAAGGGAAAACGUACCAUCAAUAAUGAUUUGUUAUUUCAAGAUCUGCCGAGAGUGUGCAGCAACCCUAUUCAACCUGUGCUGGGACACACCAAAUUUCGCAUUUUUCUUUGUAAUUGAAAAGUGAAAGGAAUAGUGAGAUCUGGUAAUGCCAUUGCAAAUGCAUUACUUAUUUUUUUUUAAUUUCCCAGGAGCGUCCUGUGAAGAUGGCUGGUUUGAAGUGGAAAAGUCGUGCUUUAAAGUAUUUGCUGGCGAUGUUUCCGUGGACUGGCAAACAGCCCGUCAAAAUUGUCAAGAACAGUCAAGUGACUUAGCCAUUGUGGAUACCGAGAUUAAAAGAAAAGCGAUGGACACGCGCCUUGACAAAAAAGAUCAACAUCUGCCAAAUGUUGAUAUUCAGGUCUUUAUAGGAAUACUAAGGCUCGGUUUGUGGCAGUGGCUUGGAGAUGGACACAUCUCAGCAGAUAGCUGGCACCAAGGAUAUCCUCUUCGUUCUCCAACUCAACAUUGUGGGUUUUUGGAAAAGCGUUCGCAGUGGAAACUUCUUCAAAGCCAGUGCAAUUUCCAAAGAAGCUAUCUGUGUGAAACAGAGGAGAGUACGUAUAUCAAUAUCAUCAUUUUACUAUAAUCUUGUCACCAUGGCAAACAAUUGAUUGGAAAUCCCCCCUCGUUUUCGCUCAUUUCUUUAUUUUAACGCUUGAAAUGGCAAAAGUCGCCAUGAAACAAAACAAAGAGCUUGGAGCCUUGUCGUUUUUGUUUAUGUUUAUUUGCUUUGUUAUUGGUCGUUUGUUUUGAGAACAUUAGCUUACAAAUUUCUGAUAUAUUGGGUAACUUUCGCCUUUUUUUUUUCAAUUUAGGGAAUUAUAUUGCUAGGCGACCAACAGGCAAGUCGUUGCACGCGGAUUUCAUCGGGACGUCUGCCCAAGUGGUUGAUGGAAAUAUUGCUUCUUGCUUUACGAUGAAACGAAUAAUAGUAUGUAAUUUUAUUCAUAUUUAAUUGUUUGAUUUCUAAUUCGCUUUACUAUAGUACGCUCCAGGAUUAACUCAAAAUUAGUUUUAAUUUGAACCAAACGAGACUUAACUGAUGUUCUUCUUUAGUCCAACGACGAACCUCUUUGGUGGAGUGUUACUCUGGAAAGAAAGGCAUUUGUUUACAAAAUGUUGGUGUUAAACAGGCCAGACUGUUGUUUAGAACAAUUUCCUAACCUACAUGUUACAUUAAGAAACCGCAAGGAAUUUGCUUUAGCAAACUGCGACGUUUAUGAUUGGAGGACAGAGUAUAAGAGAUUGAUGAUGUGCGAACCGUCUAUUGAGGCUACGAGUGUAACCAUAUCGGCUCAUGAUGUCACCAGUUUAACUCUCUGUGAGGUUUUGGUCACUGCGACGGGUAAGGUGUUUUUCUACUCUUUUGGAAGUAAAGAGUUAGAAUUAAGAGAAGAAAAGUCCGAUUAUACUAUGCUGCUCUACCUUUCCGAGAAAACCCACUUAGGAUAGUCAUCUGUAUCAUUUUUCUCGCUGUUAUAUUAUUGAGUACAGGGCAUUUCUGCUGUUUGACAGUCUAAUUAUGUCACUUUUCACUUACGCAAUUGAGGUGUGGGCUUCUGCCCACUACAGUAAAUAUCUCUCUCAUAUUGACAAGUUUUAUAAGAGAGCUUUACGUUAUGGCUACACUAGCAAAUACACUCCCAUAAUGGAUGUAAUUAGAAUGAAAGACAGGCUUCUUUGGGACGAGAUAACCUCUGACAGCGCAAAUCCAUUACAUGAACUUUUACCAGCUCAGAGAGCUAGGAGCCUCAGGAAAAGAGGACAUAAUUACAUCCUGCCUCCAGUCAGAACCGAACGCUUUAAACGUUGCUUUUUCAAUAGAUGUCUUUUUGAAUUUGUGUAGUUACUUAGUUUUGUAUAUACAUAAUAGAUAGAUAUAUGUAGGAAAUUGUAAGUCCAGACGUUUUGUUUCUGGACGUGUUUCUUUUUAAUAAUAAAGAUCUUUAUUAUUAUUAUUAUUUCCUUUGAAAUUCUUUCUGGCCGUUUCCAUCUAUGAGUUAUGGCAUUCAGUUAGAGUUUUUAAGUCUCAUAAAGAAAAUGGGUGAGCAGAACUUUGCAUGCUUUUAGAUUUUGAUAAUUUUUAAUUGGAACAGGGUUAAGAACUUAUUUUUACAAUUUUGGCUCCUUUUUUUUACAGGCUAUGAGGUAACUGCCCAUGGCGUUCGUCAAGAACUUUGGUAUCAGAUACCUUCUACAGCAGUAGAAAAUUUGUUAGAUGACGGGAGGUUUCCGAAAAGUCCAGAUGCUGUCAGGAUUCUUCAAAAUUUGGAUGCGGGGAGAAAUUUUCACUACAAUUACGGACAACGCCUUGCAACAUACCUUCAGGUUUGCUGAGAACAAUGUUUCAAAUUUGUAAUGAGAAAUGAAUAAUGCUGAAAGAAUUCCCAUCAUUUUGAAAGCUACAAAAAAAUUGAUAAUCCCUGCAAAAAUUCAAUUUAGAGAUAAAUGAGAGAGUACGUUUAAGUACCAUCGAUUGACGUCUUAAUCAUAGUGCAUUUCGCCUUCGCAUUUGUAAGUAUGGGUGUAUGUAUGUAUGUGUGUAUAUAUUUGCGAUAUGUAGGCAGGCUGGCCCUGUUUAGCUUUGAGCUGGCUCAAAUGGGGGGCUGUAAAAACAAUGACAAGGCCAGAACACGGUACCGCUACGUUCCAUACUCUUUGCAGGAAGUGGGUGGGUUCUUUAAUGUCCCCUAAUAGCCUGUACAGAAAAAAUGCAGGAGACAGGCCCACAAUUUAUCGUCCUUAUAUGAGAAUAAUAAACAUUUGCAGAUGUCAUAGAAAAGGCAGCAAGUUAUUCUGCAGUUGUCAAAGAAAAGGCCUCAGUUGUUUAAAGACUAUUGCGGUAUAAUUUAACCGACAGAAAGAGCGGUAUUCUCCAAGAAACCCAACUACUGUAUUAAAACAAAUUGUAAUAUUAUUACUAAGGAGCGACUCCUAAUGGCGGUACAGUAAUUAUCCUCGAUAAACUUAUUUAAGCCCACCGCUGUCUAUAUCUAGGCUCAUCACUGACAGAUACUCACCGCUGUCUCCAAAGUUCCCUGAAAUGAACAAUCUUCCACAAUAGCCCUUUCUCGGUAUAGCUUUCUAACCGUGUCAGUCACUCCCGACAAUAACAAAAACUGCUAUUACUACACGACUGAGUCCUUACAUUUACAAAGUAUUCUAGAAAUUUCCAGAUAUUUAUUUUACAGUUAUUAUUCCAAACAAGUGUUAGUCUGGUCUGGGGUUUGAACUUUGGACCUCCCUCACGGCAGUCCGGCGCUCUACACCGUGAGUCCACUAGAAAACAUUUCAUGCGUAAACAAUUUUCUCAAAAGGUUCCAGAAAAUGGAAAUUACACAUUUUACGUUGCAUGUGACGAUGCUUGUCAGCUAUGGCUUCACAUGCCCCAAGUGAACAACUUGGUGGAUGAAAACGAUGAAGAAACAGGCAAGAAGCGUUUGGCUGAAUUAAAGUCGGGCUACUGGACGGAUUAUAAUCAGUGGAAUAAGUAAGAACUAUUUCUUUGAUUUAGUAUUUAUACACGGUUGUGAGUGGAACGUUACAUUGUUUCUUAAGCAAGGGGAUCUGAUUAAUGUUUGUUCGUUUGUUGGUUCUUCACACUUGGAUUGAGGAAUCGAUGAAAUUAGAACCAUCUUCAACAUUCUUCACCAUGAACUUUGUAAAUUAAAAUUAGUAUUCUAUUAUUUGUGACUGGCAGUUUUAGUUCUCAGGAAUUUUUUUUUAUUGUAUCCAGGUACCCUUCAUCACAGACUUCUGAAGAAAUUUGGUUGAGUAAAUGCCACUUCUAUUUCAUUGAAACACUCAUGAAACAAGGAGUUGGGAAAGACUGUUUGUCAGUGGGAAUGAAGUUACCAAACGGCACUUACGAGCGUCCCAUUCAAAAAGCACACUUGUUCUGGGUUCGGCCUGGUAAACUGGAUAAACUAAUGAAUACACUACUGGUUAUUAAAGUGGUUUAUUUAUAGUAUUAAUUUUACUUAGUCAAACAUCAAAGUAAUCACAGCUCCCUUUUUAUGAAGAUUGUGCUCUGACUACGAAACUGUCUUUGAGUCAAGCUUCGAGUAAUGUUAUUAGCAGUUUUUAUGAACUACUUUGCUGUCGUGGGAGCGUUUAGGAGAAGCAGAUGAAGCAAAUUAAGGAAGAUGAUUUUUCAUCUCUUUAUUUCCCGCUUGGUUUAUUAUUGCUGAGUAUGAAUUGGCGGGGUUUUCGUUUUAGGAGUGACUUAUGUAGACUUUGAGAUGGAUUACCUUCCUAAAGUUAUCAGGACUGGUCAAGAGUUUUCCAUCCAGGGUAAGUUUAAAUUAUUACAAUCUUCCCCUCCCCUCCCCCCCCAACAUAAACAAAUUGUUUCACCCAGAUAAAAGGAUUUGCAUCAAAGGUGGAGACAUAGUCAAUUGUGUCAUCUGUACAUGGAAGGAAGUAUCAAGUUAGGUAACCCCGGUAGCAGAUUUCAAUAGAGAAAUAUGGCGACAAAUAUGCAGCCUGUUGAGACUAAAGCAAGGAAAAAUUGUACUGAUGUCAGAAUAGACCUAAACACAUCAUAACAAAAUAAAUCGUAUCAUUGCGUUAAAAUACUUGAAGAUACUUUAAUGGAUAUUUUUAAGUCAACUUUUGUUUUUACCCUUGGUACAGCUACUUACAAACACUGUUGUCGUGGAUUACUUUGCCCAAUGUGUCCGAUUCAACUUUACUUUAAAUUUGCUGGGAAAACAAGUCUCGUUGACAGCAGCUUGAGAGUGGAUUGUCAAGAAAAAUAUUUCAAUACCACACUCGAAACUGUGCUUCAAGAGGGAAUCUAUUUCUUAAACGUAAGUCAGGAUCAGUGUUUCAUAUUUCGGUGAAAGAUCUAACUUACCAUGAUUUUUUUAAAUCAAGGUAAGACAAGGGAGAGCCGUAAAAGCUAAGAUGAUUCCUGCAAUCUGAUUGGCUACCUAGGCUAAGUAUUCAGGUCAGAAUUGUAGGCUGGAGGUCAAGCUGACUAUUAUCACAUCGUUUGGUGACACGCUUAAUUAGGAAAAAAACCUGCGUUCAUGAUGAGCAAUGAGUUCCAAACUGAACAGUAGAAUAGCCAUCUUAGCUUAUCUUGAAAUUCCUAAUCGACCUUUCUUCUGUUUAGAUUCGUGUUUUCUCUUUGCUUCGGUAUCGUAAAUGAACUCGGGUACAAAUCAGGCGUCUAUGUGAAGUUCGAUGAAAAGUACACAUUGUUGUUCAAUUGGAUACUACUUCAUCGAUCGUUAGAAUAAAUGAAUUGAUGUUUGAAAAUAUUAGCCUUUGGGAACUAUGAGCUUCAUUACCUAGCCUCUCCUUACCAGACAAUUUAAAAAGGUUACUGAAAAUAGUGCACGUGGGACAUUAAUUUGGACCGUGUAAACCUUUUUUUUUUCACCUGGAAAGUAGGUUCGCAUUUUGUUAGAUAUCUAUUCCGGCUCAUAGUUGAGUACCUUACUAUGUGGGAAUACAAAGCCAUAACAUCCUUUUAGGAACCGUUUGAGGCUUUUUUAAACACUUCAAUUUCUUUUAAUUUCAUAAUCUUUCCCUCAGAUUUCAUAUAGAUUGGAGGAAGAGAUAUCACAUUUAACUGAAAUAAAUAGGCAAAUCGGCGAGGUUCAUAUUAAAGGUAACACAAGUUUCAAUAACUAAAAAACAAUAUUCCUUGCCUUUUUCUUCUUGCCUUUCUUACUCUCUCAGUUCGUUCCUUUUUUUACAUUUUUUUUUCUUGAAUGCCUAAUAAUGUGGUUUCCCUGGUUUUUGCUUAUUUCUUUUUGGCUUCGUCAAUUUGUUCAUUCAUUUAACCAGGAUUCUUCUUUUAAUGAUUUAUGUGUGAGAUCGUUCACGUAUCUUUAACCACACUGAUCGUUUCUGGAUUUAUAUGUGAAUUUUCCUGACCUUAAAUGUGUUAUUGCUUCCAUUGCUGGUAUUAGUUUUGAAAUAGUUACCAUAGUAAUGAUAUUACAGCAAUGAAAAUAACGAUAACAAUGAUAAUAAUAAUAACAGUAAUGACAAUAAUAAUUUUGAUAAUUAUAACAAUUAUAUAUAGUUACUAAGGAUGAUUAUCAGUUUUAUCUUUUUCUCCUCUGAAACUUCUUCUCUUUAAUGACGAUAUCACAUCCUUCAAAUAAAAUAAUAAAAUUGUUUCGUCCUACGGAUAGCUUUGGAAAUCAAUGGUUGCAGAUUUACUUCUGACUUGUGUUCUUGGAUAAAUACCGAUCAAGGAUGGAAACUUGCAAUUGAGUCAGGUAAAGAAGAGAUAGAGUGACGCUCGUACAGCCACUUUUUGGUGGGAAUUUUGUUGUGGUCUUUAUAUGUAUUAGGCUAUUUGAUACCUAAUCUUGACUUUGCAUUUAAUUUCUUCUUCUAAGAUACGUAAUAAUUCAAUGAGCACUACAAAGUGCUAUUGUUUUCUCGGAGAUAUGUGAUAGUUUUAUGAGCACUAUGAAGUGCAAUUAUUUCCUUAACUAUUUUGAUACAUUCCCACUUUUCUCAAUAUCGACAGGGAUCCUUGUUCACGAAAGCAACAGACCGGCUGUUCUUGAGAGUCCCUGGAUAAUCACCAAUUCUAUGAGCCAGAAACUUGGGUUAUGUUUAACCCUCUCUUACUUUCUUCCGACUAAUUAUGGAUCUAUUAGUAUUAUCCUGAUAGCGAAGGCAAAUUCGUCAAUUUGGAGUCUCACUGGGUACCAGGGUAGUGCCUGGCUCAAUGGAAAAGUAUCAAUAAUGACAGACGAGAAUUUUAAGGUAUAACAUUUUUAAGCUUACCAAGUUACUUUUGCAUGUAAAUCCACCAGACGCGUGAAAACAACACUCUUUUAGCGCCUUUUACUACAAAAACUGAAACUGAUAGAAGUAUGAAUGUUUGCUUCAGGGUGUAAUUAAGGUGCAAUUUAACAACGGCAACCAUUAAAACAACAAGGUAUCAAGUUUUUUAUCAAGCUGUUGAAUAAAGCAACUUUUUGUUACCUGCAGGUAAGAAUAGUUGCUGAGGGGAAACAAUCAUCAAGUCAGCAUAGAACAGCUGUUGAUAAUAUAACAAUCUCUACCAAAACAUGUGAGCGAUCUCCGCCUCAUAGUUCACCAGGUACGGAAAACUGGUUAUCUGCUAAUAUUUUAGUUGUGCCAAGUGGACUCUCAGUGUGUGACCCAAAAAUUUAUACCUUUUAAUGGUUUUACAAAUGGAAAAAAAUUUUAAAAAAUUCAUUUCGUUUGAAAAAUUGACUCAACUUGAAACUAAAACUUUAUUUUUAAUCAAUAAUUAGAGAAACGUGAAUUGAUGCUUAGGCUAUUUCUAUUAGGAAUUUUUUGAGGCAAAUAAUCGUUCCUUGUGUGUAUUAUGCUCGUUAACAGACUUCACUUGUGGAGCUAACAGCUUCCAGUGUGACAACGGACAAUGUAUUCACAAAGAAUUGGUUUGCGAUGGUGACUCUGCCUGCGUGGACGACUCAGAUGAAAAAAAUUGUAACUGCCUUACUACUCAGUUUAUUUGUCCAACUGGAGAAUGUCUCGACGAGAAUGACUUGUGUGAUUCAAAGCAGGGCUGCAAGGACAAAUCUGACGAAUCCAGAUGUGGUAGGCAAAGGCUGCUUUUGAAAUGCAUUGUUUUCGUGGAGUGUGUAUUUAAGGUAUACAAGUUUUGACGCGCUUCGUGCCCUAUCUAUUAUCAAUUCUUGUUGGGUUUGUGCAAUAAAUUGUUUGAUCACGACUUUGUGUGUACCAAUGUGCCACGACAUACGUUGGCUGUAAAUGUAUUCUAUGAACUUAUCAAAGAAACGGCUGAAAGGCUCACAUGGGAAAAGGAGCAAACAUAUUUAGAAUAUUUUCCUUUUAAUUGUUAUUAUUAUUAUUAUUAUUAUUAUUAUUAUUACUAUUAUUAUUAUGAUCACUUUUUAACAGAAUUUUGUUUGCAGAAGGAAGCAGCUGUCCCCAAAAUAGAUUCUCCUGCGCUGGUGGUGAAUGCCUUCCAUGGUCUUUAACAUGUGAUUUUAAAAGAAACUGUGAGGAUGGUACGGAUGAGCCAUCUAUAUGUGGUUAGUGUUUCCUUUAAUGCACUUUCAGUUUUGAGCAAAGAACUGUGGAUGAUGUUGGUUUGUCUAUUGCACCUAGUGUCAUAUGGAUCAUCAUGAUUCAUUGGAAAUAAAGUAAUUUCAAAUAAUUUCACACACUUAGUUAUGUAUAAUGGUUAUGAAACUACGCUACUUUUCUGUUUUCACGUUUCAGGUUAUUCAAACUGCUCACUUUUAGAUUUAGGGUGUGCAAGACCUAACUACACGCACGUUACAUCUCCGCAUGCAUGUAGUGGGAACAGAGGUAAGAUGCCUGGAUUUUCCAAUAGGGAUGGCCACAACCAUCUACAUUGUACAAGCUAAUAUUCUAACUUGAGCCACGGCUUUAAGCAACUGUUGAGUGCAAAUGUUUUAGCUACUCGUGCUCAUGGAUAGAAAUCAAUUGCACCUGUUUAACUCUACCAGCAACGCCAGGCUAUUACCAGAAAAAAAAAAUAAAACAAAAUGUCAAAUAAACUCAAACGAUUUGAAAGCUGUGAUAUUGCCGAUCAAAGAGGGGUUGGGGGAAACUCCACAUUCUGUCUGAUCAAUUCAUACUCUGCUUAUCUUGAAACUGGUGUAGUCUUUACAUAUCAAGACCACAACGACUCGUUGCUCCAUUUUAAAUUCCUAUUACAGUCGUACGAGGCCAGACAGCCCACCGUUAAGGCAACCACUGGUACAAAGCUUAAUCCCUGUAGCCAACAAAAUUGUCCCCCAUUUGCUCAUCUUUUUUUUUCUAUCUUUUGCCAUAUAAUAUAUUACAUAUAUUAUAAUAUAUCGAUUUAUAAUGUCUUAUGUAGCUAAGUGCGACUUCCAGGAUGGCCUUUGUGGAUUGACAGAAGAUUCCAAAGUUCGAUGGAGCAUUGGCUCAGGUUCAACACCCACAAAGGAUACUGGACCGGACUAUGACCAUAGCACAUAUGGACCUGCAGGUGGGUGCUGCCGAGAGGACAGUUAGCUGUGUAAGUAAGUUAGUAAGUAAGAAUCACCUUAAAAUUUAGGUCAAGAGGAAAGUGUCCUUAUCAAUCGCGAUUUCGCAAAACUUUUGACAAUAAAAAUGAACGGUAAAAAUGACUUUUCGACCAAACUUCGGUCAUUUUCAAGUGAAUGUCACGAUGAAUAUAUAUAUGCUUGUAAGAAGUACAGAUUUUUUUUGAAAUGUAAACAAACGAUAAGAACAUAUAAAGAGAAAAAAUAAUUAGAAGCUAAUUAAACAUCAAAUUAAAAAUAAAAAUUGACGAAUUGAGUCCGACAGCAUAUUGAGAGCAGGUCUCAGUUUUUAAAUAAAAACAUUUCAUAAAGCAGGCAAUCCAAUUUUUUUGUACACUUCUCUAAAAAACUAAAACUCUUUGUAAGAUCCCUUGGGGCCAAAGAAUGCUUGUCGCCAAAAUGUUUGCCAAUCAAUGAAGUCGCGUUUCUGUGUUCUUGAACACUUGUGUGCUGAUGGCGGCUUGUAAAACCCACAUAACCUGCAUCACACAGGUCACACUUAAAUUUGUAAAUAAGCAGCCUUGCGUGACAUGCCCAUUCAACGCUAACGUUACCAAUGGUAACCAAAGGGUAUGGACCAAUGAAGGAUCCCCAGUGUAACAACAUUACUUCGCAUUUUGAAGAGUUUUAUUGUUAGCGAGUUAGUCCUGCACAUUUUGUGAAGCUCGUCAAGCGCGUUGUUUGUAGGUAAAAUGCUUCUUCAACGGUUGAGCAAACUGUCGUAUCGCCAGGACACAGGUAGAAAUUGCCUAAUAUCAGAGCCUUCGGCAUGUCAUUGGUGCACAAGCCAAACAAACAUAGACCUAACCCUGAUCCUUGUGGGAAGCCGCAAAUCAUAAGUAGCUCUUCCGACUGAGGGGAGUUCACAACCAUUACCUGUGUCCGGUGAUUCAGAUUACAUGUAAGCCAAGAAAGAAGAUUGCUCUCGAUUCCAAAUUUGAUCUUCAGUUUAUGUAACAGGGUAUUUUGAGAAAAGGCGCUGUCCACUAGAUUAUUAUCAACAGCUUGUAUCCAACUUUCUUUAAGUCUUGGGCAUAAGUAAGGGUUUCUUGAAAUUUCUGUUCCCACCGCAAGGAUAUUUAACAGUCUUUCCUUCAUCCAUGGUUUGGAUGAAUAUCUCUUGCCUUUAAAGGCAGUUGAAACGAGCCAACAGCCUCUGUGUUUUGUCGGAGUUUUAGUGUCGUAAACGUCCUUCGCUGCGUGUACUUCGACGAAAGAAGAAACGAUAAAGUAUCAUCCGUGUAAUUGAAUGUCGGGCCUCACUAUCACUUGCGCUUGAAAAUCAAAAGGUUGUCUCGUUGAUGCGAAACCAAAACCAGGCAUAGAACCAGAAUAAAAGAUCAAAGACAAGUCCAAAUAGACUUAACAUUUACGAAGCAGAACAUCACACGCAUCGCCGCCAUCACACAAAUGAUCACCCUCUUAGUUACUUUAUAGUUCAUUCAUUUGAAUUCCAUUUCCUUUUUCACAGGAAGGUACAUUUAUCUUGAGGCAUCACACUAUGGUGCUGGUGACGCUGCCGUCUUGACUAGUUAUGCAAUCGGUGCUGGCAUAGCAACAUGUGUGCAGUUUUGGUAUCAUAUGAAAGGAAAAGACGUGGGCAGUUUAAAUGUUAUGAUCCUGAAGAAUGACUCAAGGAUAAUAGUAUGGAGUCAAACUGGCCAGCAAGGUGCUGAUUGGCUCUUUGGUCAAGUUGGAUACAAAGACGUUUUUAACAGCUACAAGGUCUUAGUUUCGCUAUUACUGUUCACAGUUUCAAAAGGAAUUUCAGUCAUUUGUUCCUUUUGUUCUUCCGUCAUAAUGUUUUCUUUGGGAUACAAAUUCACACCAAUGAACUAGUUCUACUAUAUAUCAACUUUAACAACGAUGGGUCCAACAAUCGAUAACGAUUGCCUGUAUAAUUUUUAUUAUUCAAAUCCUGAAAAAUGUUUUAAAAAUGAUCUCUCCUGUAGAUUAUGAUAGAGGGUGUUCGUGGAAAUGGUGUUCAUGGAGAUAUUGCUUUAGAUGAUCUUCUCAUCCUGGAUGGAGAAAAUUGUCAAACCGUAUAUGGAAAUGGUUAGCUUUCUAUUUCAUCCCAUGUUUCUUAAACUGAGAAAGAUAUAAUUCGUUAAAAAUACAUUUAAUGAUUUGCAACGGCGGUACUUAUGCUAAGUCUUCUGUUUAAAUCAAAUCAUCUAGGAUAAACGCAACGACUUACUUACAAAUAGGAUUGUGACCGAGUGUAAGGUUUUGGUUUUAAGUCAUACUCCACAUGUACCAUAUAGUAUCUCCUGAAUCAAUAAAAAAAAAUCAUUGCAUGUUAUCAUUAAUUUUUGCUCGUCAAAAUAGAACAGUUUUAUAAGAUUUAUAAGAUUUAAGGCUAAGAAAUGUAUCUCUCUUCUUCUGCUCAAGAAAACCCUGGAUGUCUAUUUGAGCAAGGUCAUUGCAAUUGGAAGCCCAGCGGAACAUGGCUGAUGAGCAAGUUUUCCCCUUCACUCUUCUUAAGGGAUUGGGAAGGCACAAGUGGUAGGUCAAUAGUUUUAAGUCAUAUCAAUGAAUAAGAAUUGAAAGAUUUCAAAGAAUGCAAGAACAAUAUUUUGCUCCUAUUCUUUAAAGGAGGUUUUACUUAUGACAAAGGAUGUUCGAGUCUGGCUAACGGAGGGGCAGGAUGUUACGGAAGUUUAACAAGCCCACAUAUCUCCGCUAGAGCGGGUUGGAAGUGUUUGCAGUUUUGGUAUUACAUAAGUAAAGGAAGACCUUCUUCUCUUCAAGUGACUUUAAUUUCUAACGACGCACAAAAGACUUUGUUGACUUCCACUAAGGCAGGAAUCUGGACCUUUGCUCGUUUGCCCAUCAUUCCAUCUUCAGAUUCCUACCAAGUAAGU